GCUAGGUCAAGCGGUCUAGACAACAGUUACAUUGACACGCGGCGACUGAGACGCGAGGCCUGGACGGCUUUUCUCCGCCAUCGAAACCGGAGGCAGGAACAAUCCGUUGUAUCUGUACUUUGUACACGCAUGCCCUUUCUGGGUGGCUGUUUUAUUUUGUUUCGUUGGAUGCCUGCUUGGCCUUUGCCGUGCCGCAUGGCUCGAGCCCAUCCCGCCCUGUCGGAGUUUCCCCGACAUAAACUUGGUGGUGCUUUUCUCAACAACCGUUCCCACUUUCGCUUCGGCACCUCCCUAGUCAGCAAAUCCUCUCUCUCUUACAUGCUUUUAUUGCGAUAGAACUGCUACGGUUGUGCAUUUCUCCCCUACUUGCCGACGUUGUAACUUCAUCAGGUCGAUUUGUAGACCCGGCCACGCAAUAUCGCCCGUAUCAUAGCACCCUUUUUCGGGAGCGGCUGACAUCGGCGAGACGUACGAGACGCUUGCGCGGCUGUCACGCCAUGUCAUCGCGGCGCACCGAAGAGGAACCGGCGCUGCAGCGCCGCGAUGAGGAUGCCGACAUCGAGGGCGAGGAUGAUGGCGGCAGCGGCUACUACUCGGACAACGACGCCGGCGAAGACACGCCCAUGCUGGGCCCGGCAGACGUCGAGGCCGCCGAUGCUCCGCUCUCCCGGCCCCCGUCUGCGCCCGUGCCCGCGCCGCCCAUCAAGCCGGCCAAGCCCGAGCCCGUGUCCUGGCGCGACCUGCCCAAGAAGCAGCAAUUGUUGGUCAUCACCCUCACGAGGUUGAGCGAGCCACUCGUCCAGACGUCUCUGCAGUCCUACAUGUUUUACCAGCUCAAGUGGUUCGACCCGGCCCUCCCGGACUCGGUCAUCGCGAGCCAGGCCGGCGUGCUGCACGCCUCCUUCACCGCGGCGCAGUUCAUCACCGCCAUGGUCUGGGGCCGCCUCGCCGACUCGAGGCGCUUCGGCCGCAAGACGGUCCUCAUGAUCGGCCUGCUGGGCACCUGCUUCUCGUGUGUCGGCUUCGGCUUCUCACGCUCAUUCGUGCAAGCCCUCGUGUUCCGCUGCAUCGGCGGCGCGACGAACGGUAACGUCGGCGUUUUGAGAACCAUGAUCAGCGAGAUCGUCCGCGAGAAAAAGUUCCAGGCCCGCGCCUUCAUCCUCCUGCCCAUGACCUUCAACAUUGGCGUCAUUGUCGGCCCUAUCCUCGGCGGUAUCCUCUCUGACCCGGCCGGCAGCUAUCCAGCUCUUUUCGGCGACGUCGCCUUCCUCAGGAAGUACCCCUACGCCGCGCCCAACCUCCUCAGCGCCGUCUUCCUCGCCUGCGCCGCGUUGUCCGUCUGGUUGUGCCUCGACGAGACCCACGACGCGCUCCGCGAGGAGGGCCCAGAUCUGGGCUCCCGCGUUGGAGCCGCUAUCGCGGCCCUUAUCCGGCGCCUCGUGGCGCGCGCCCGUCGCCGAAGGGCCGGCGGCGGCGGCAGCGACGCAGCUUACACGCCUCUGGACUCUGGCUCAGCGAGCGCCACCGACGUCGACGUCGAAAUGUCCCCCGAGUCCGCCACUCCUAAACCGAAACGCCGCCCCCGUCCGCGGUACCGCCACCGCCUGCCGUUCCGCCGCAUCUUCACCCGCAACGUCCUCAUGACUUUCGCCGCGCACUUCCUGCUGGCUUUCCACGUCGGCACCUUCAACUCGCUCUGGUUCGUCUUCCUCUCGACCCCGACCUCAUCCACGCCGCCCUCCCUGCCUUUCCGCUUCUCCGGCGGCCUCGGCAUGCCCCCGCAGUCCGUCGGCAUGGCCAUGGCGAUCCUCGGCGUCAUCGGCAUAACCCUGCAGCUCUUCGUCUACCCGCGCCUGUCGGCGCGCCUCGGUACCGUAAAAGCGUGGCGGCUGUUCCUCUACUUCUUCCCGGUAACAUACUUCCUCGUCCCCUACCUCGCCGUCGUGCCAACCACGGACGCCGCGCCGCCGCCCGGGCCGAAGGGCGGACCCGCGAUCUGGUUCGCCAUCGUCGGGGUCCUGAUGUUCCAGGUGCUCGGCCGGACGUUCGCGCUGCCAGGGCAGACGAUCCUUAUCAACAACUGCACGCCGCACCCGAGCGUGCUCGGCACGAUCCAUGGGCUGGGCCAGAGCGUGAGCAGCGCGGCGCGGACGGUCGGGCCGGUGCUGUGCGGGUACCUGUACGGUCGCGGGCUGGAGGGCGGCGUCGUCGGCGCUGUGUGGUGGGGCCUGGCAGCCGUCGCCAUGCUGGGGGUCCUUGCGAGCUGGGCCGUGUGGGAAGGGGACGGACACGAGAUCUGGAUGGACGGGGACGAGGUCGUUGCUGAGGGUGUAGAGGAGGAGGAAAGGCGGUGAUGUGGACCCUCGGCUUGCGUGAAGGUUGGGUGGAGCAUACACAUACAUGGGAUGAUGUUUGCAAGGCCCUCUUAUUGACUGGAUGAAUAGAUAAUGAUACCUCGUGCUAUUUACGGUUCUGCCACUUAUCUGCUCUAUGGUUUUGUGCAUAGGCAGUAGGCUACUCUUUCCAUCUUGUAUAAGUAGUUGGGGACUCUUUGCCCGAGACCGUAGGCCUUUCUUCUAAGCCUAGAUCCUAGAUAGACAAUACUAUGCUAGGUACUGAAGGACGUAGCCAGGGUGGUCCCCGCUUGAGCUCUUCUCUU